CUGAAAUUGAUUGGAGAAAUCAGAAAUUUACUUUAUGCUCAAUAUGUACCAGGGGCAUAUGCAGGGGAAAGACUCUAGGGCGGCAGAUAAGACUGUUGCCAUGGUCCUGAAGGAGAUACCAAGUAAGGCGUCAUCAGAAGGGAUACCCCUCCUCACAGUGACAACCAAGCUGGUGAGUGAGCAACAAGAGAGCCGUCCCCUGCUGAGUCCCUCUAUCGACGACUUCCUCUGCGAGACCAAGUGCGAUGGAGCCGCCCGCCCAGUGACUUCCAACACAGCAGUGCUGACAUCGUCACUGGACCUCCUAGACCUCAGUGAACCGGGUGAGAGGAGAAACAGCAAAGACAAAAGGAGCCCGCUGUCGUAUCGCGAGGGCGACCAGAGGAGCACCCCUCACAGGAGGAAGGUAGACGAGACCGAACUGAUUCAGGUGGACGUGGAACAGACCGCACCCAGCUCACGCACUCCAGAGAGAGCGUCACUCGACUCGGUCAACGUUGCUUCUCCUCUGGACAAAUGGGAGGAGUUGAACCCCAACUCUGAGAGGAACGGCAACCGCAAGUGGAAACUGGAAAGACGACGUUCAUCCAAAAACUCCUCGAGUGAAUUUCUGUGGUCUAUAGACUGUAAAACACAAUCAGAGUCAUCAACUAAAUCCUCCUUAGAAGCGAAUGCCAAAUCUGAUCCAGAAUCUGCCCUAUCAACUCAACUCAACAGGCAGUAUAUUAGUGGAAGACAUGGCCGCUUGACUAAGGAGUCGAAGUGGGGCGGUGCCCUCUUAUCCAGGAACCAGUCCCUGGAGGAAGAGUUUGAACGUGCCAAAGCAGCUGUAGAGUCGGAUACAGAGUUCUGGGACAAGAUGCAGGCCGAAUGGGAGGAGCUGGCGCGACGGAACUGGCUGACGGAGAACGAGCAGGCACAGAUGCCCUCCAGCGUGUCACCCCAUGAGAAGGGUUACUACUUUCACACGGAUAACCCCUACAAGGACUGGCCCGGCCCGUUUGAGGAGGGGCUUAGGAAGGCAAGAGAGGGGGAUCUGCCCAAUGCUGUGCUUCUACUGGAGGCGGCCAUACUGCACGACCCCCAGGACUCAGAGGCUUGGCAAGUGUUGGGGACCACCCAGGCUGAGAACGAGAACGAGCAGGCGGCGAUUGUCUCCCUCCAGAGGUGUCUUGAGCUCCACCCCAACAACCUCCCGGCCCUGAUGGCCCUGGCGGUGAGCCUGACCAACACGGGCAUGCGCCAGGAUGCCUGCGAGGCCCUGCUCCGCUGGCUCCAGCACAACCCCAAGUACAAGCACGUCCUGAAGGGCAAAGGCCACCUGGCUGGCUCGCCAAGUUCCCAACGUAGGAUGUCUCGUGUCUCAACCGUGGGCAGGUAUGAAAGCUCCCUGCUACCAGAGGUGAAGGAGCUGUUACUGGAGGCGGCCCAGCACAACUCGGAUAGCAUCGACCCGGACCUGCAGACGGGCCUGGGGGUUCUCUACAACCUCAGUGCAGAGUUCAACAAAGCUGUGGAGGCCUUUAACGCAGCGCUGUCUGUACGGCCAGAGGACUACCUGCUCUGGAACCGCCUGGGGGCGACGCUGGCAAACGGAGACCGGAGCGAAGAGGCGGUGGAGGCCUACACCCGGGCCCUGGAGCUCCAGCCGGGGUUCAUCAGGUCGCGCUACAACCUGGGCAUCAGCUGCAUCAACCUGGGGGCACACAGGGAGGCGGCCAGUAACUUCCUGACGGCCCUCAGCCUGCAGAGGAAGAGCAGGAGUCGGCAGCUCUCCCACCAGGUGAUGUCUGGGAACAUCUGGGCCGCCCUGAGGAUCGCCCUCUCCAUGAUGGACCAGCCGGAGCUCUUCCAGGCGGCCAACCUCGGAGACCUGGACCUCCUCAUGAGAGCCUUCAACCUGGACAUGUGAAGGCGUCGGUCCUUGACCGUGCUCUUGGACUCCCCCCCCCAUCCACAGCCGAUAAUCCAAAGUGUACAGAUCUGAACAUGCGGGGCCCUGGUACUUCUUUUUUUCGGGGGGGGUGCCACGCGUAGGACACGUUUCUCUGUUUUGCUCGUGACGAGAACGAGCCCUUUUUUUCUUUUCUUUUUGUUACCCAAACACCUUGACAGCGCUGCAUGUGCUUGGAGAGACGUUGGGAUGGAUUUGCACUGCAAUUUGUGAUUUCCCUGAAGAGCACAAGGACAGGCAAUGAUUGUACGAGUGAUGCCUUAGAGAAUUCAGCAAUUAAAAACGGACUCAUUGAGCAGAACUGAUCUAAGGGAGAGAAGGAAGUGAGGGGGUGAAAGAGAGACAAAGUGAGAGAACGAGAGAGACAAAUGCUAGAAUGCUGAGUUUUUCUGAGCAGGAUUGGAGUUCAACAAGACCUGUUUUAUUAUCCGAUUACUUUCGAAAGAGUAAAGAUUGUCACACAGACUCUAAAGGAAGGAGUUAGUGAGAAUGAUCCAGAAAGACUACACCAUAAGCCGUGGGACUCAGAGAGUUCUAAGUAGAGGAUCAAUAGAUUACUUUCUUUGUUCGUUUUUUUUCUUCUUCUUUUCCCGGAGAAGAAAUAACACUGCAUGAAAAGCAGUUUCUUAAACAGACUGAACGACAGUUGUCUGAGAAGAAAAUCGUUUUCAUGAUUUUGAAAAUGACCCUAUUUCUUUGAGUGUGCACUUUCAAAAACAACCUGCAAUAUUUCUGGAUCCGACCGGAAUUUGCAAGCCGGAUUGUUAAAGCCUUACACAAAAUGCUUGUGGACAACAAUUUAUUUACACUACUUUUAUGGCAACAAAUUGUAAGCCAUUUUCAGACUGGUUAUUCCUGAUUCUGCCUCCUCUAAACUACACUCUGCCCAAUGCUUCUGAAGCCAGAUAUUUUUGCAGAGUUCUCCUAGCUUCACUUCUCCUUCCAUUUAUCCUCAUCGGUUGUGAGAGAUGCACACUAAAGCUGGAAAAAGGUGAAGCUGGAAACCCUCCUAUUCCCUCAGAACUGCAAAGUACUACAUGACACAUGAGCGCUGUCGCAGAAACACUUUUCAAUGAACCUCGUCUGUGUACUUGUGGUCUUCCUAUUUCUUAAAAGAUGAAGGGUGCAUGUUAGAGGAUUAAUUAUUGAACUUGUAUCACCGUUAUCUCCAUAUCCAUAUUUGGUGAUGAAAGAUUGAAGUGUGGAGGCCCCUCACAUUCCAAAUGAAAUAACAAUAGGUUUCUUCCUUACGGAGAAAUCCUCAUGAUCCACAUCCUCCCUGAUAUUUGAUAGAGCUGUUGUUUUCACGUCAAACACAAAUACUAUCCCUUUAAGUGUGCUUUUGGUGCUGAGCGGCUCAGUAGGAUCGUAGCAUCACAGAUGGCAAGUUGACAGUCUAUCUGGGAAACACAUGGCACCCAAUCACCAUACUGCAGAGAAUAAGUCUAUUACAUUCUCCGUAAAGUAGAUUUGUGUUGCCGUGUUUACCAGCUGAGGUUGACAAUGUCAAUUUAGGUUGAUAGUUGAAGAGGAAAGAAAUGGGUUUUGGUACCUAUGCAAAGGUCAUGUUUUAUGCAGCCAUUUUGAAUUGUCAAAUGCCUCUGCCCUGCAUGAUUCAAUGGACCAAAAGGAAGUGCUGUUUCUGCACGUUGAUAGAAUGUUAUCUGGGGUCAAGCAGAGACACCAUCACUCCAGUUGUUCAUCUUCCAAGUUUGACUGCUUCCAUGGUUUCUACUUGGUAUGCCAGGAGAUUUGGAGGGACCAUUUGAGAGAGGCACUCACAAAAAGGAGUUUGCCAAUUUAUUCGUUUUUAUUUGUUCCUGUAAGCACUUUUUUGUUCUCCAGUAGUUUGGCCAGUCAGCAGAAUCAUUGGUGUUGUUUAAUAGGACAAAAACACUCAAUGGGGCAUAGAAUGCACUAAAUGGGAUAACACACAAAACUGCCACUGAGUUUAACUUUGCCCUUGUGUUUAUAAAACCGCUUGGUAACAGCACUGUGGCUAUGACGUUGGCUUCAUUAAUAAGUCAUCACAGCCUUCACAUCUUUCACAUCUCCCAGUCGGCCUACGAUUCCCUUAGACUCCUCUGGUUAAGUCAUCCUCUAGUUACCUCAUGGUGUGCAAAGGCCACUGUGAACAGCAACCUUGACUGCUCAUGACAACUAUUCUCAAAAUAAGGUGAAUAAAUCAUUUGAUGCAUAGUAUGGCCCUAUCAACUCAACUGAUCUACCAAUAACUGUAUGUAUUUCAAAUGAUAACUCCCUAUCAGAGAAUUCAGAACGAAAUAGGCCGAUGACCGAAGCAGAGCAUGCGAAAGGUCGCUUGUGUGGACCCCAACGUUUAAACAUCAAGGAGGAAGUCAUUAGUAUGGGGACACAACAGUUGUGUGCAUGCCACUGAUAAUCUGCAUAAGGGGGGGGGGGGCAGCUUUGAAGCAUGGGGGGCACAGCAGCAGACUGUCUCAUGUCAAAGGUUGUCGGGCGAGCGUGCUUCAGCACCCCCAGCGUUCUCUAAUUGAUGUCGUCCAGGCAACCAACCAACCAACGGAUUCCUUCCCCUCCUUCACUAAUUAUACGGCAUCUCAUGAAAAUAAAAACGUCAACAGAGUGAUGUGGAAAACAUUGUUCUUGUCAGUAUUAUUGAUUUUAAAGUCGCAAGCCGCGAGGAUAUGACUGGGUUACUAUCCAAUUUGCGUACAGUAUGUGGCCUGUUGUGGUAGUGCAACCUCUAUGGACACUUUGUAGCUAUGUCAGUAGACACAGCUGGGGUUGUGAUUGGCUGUCUCCCUGUCUGCAGAUGGUGAUUUAUAUUCACGAUUGAGUGAUGUUUCUUUGUCUCUAAGCCUCCCAAUUGUCUUAAUGGUCAGCAACAUAAAUUGUAGUUUGAAGUUGAAACCAGGAUAUCUGCUGUUUUGUGAUUUCCUCAAAGUCCUUCUGAUUCCCUAUGGGCUAGUAGGCCUUUGCUUUUUUGCAUUUUGAAUGAAAAUAAACAAUGUAGUUAUGUAGAAGAUCAAAUUAUUUUUUUUAAGAUUGUUUUUGAACGUAUUACAUACGAUACUACUGUAAAAGACUGUAUAUUUCUGUGCAUUGACAGAAUGCUUGAUGACAAGUUCCCUUUUCUAGAACCUUCUCAGGUGUGAUGACGAUGUAGCUGAAAGCAUGCUUCUGGUGAACUCAUACUAGCUGACCGCAUGCUAGAUUCCUUAAUGCUCCUUUUUGAAUGCCAAUUUCAUUUGUAUGCAUGCAAUUUUAUGACAUGCUUUCUAUCUCUUGACCCACUCCUUAUCAAAUCUAAAUAUACCAGGAUAUUACAUGCACUAUUUUUACAAAGCACUUGGAUCAUGCUACAUUGAUAAUGUGGUGUAUUUAUACAGUAUAUAUAUACAGUGCCCUCCAAAAGUAUUGGA